AUGAAUCUGUGCGAGUUUCUCAUCUCCCACGAUGGUAACACCUUGACACCAGUGGCCAACAAGAAGGUUCAUCGUGCAUUAUCCCAAUCGCGCCAUAGUUUCGUGAGUAUCAUGCUACUAUUUUACCUUCGCCAAUGCUACGACAUGCAAGACCGGAUCAUGACGCAAUAUCUUUCCAUUCCAGCCUAUUUGUCACUAAAGCAGCUUAACGACAGAAGCCUGGUAUCGCAGGAGGAUAUUGAGGAGAACCGCGGCAUAUUAUACCUAGCAGCUAAGGGCCUCAGUGUCCAGGGUGGGUACUACUACUUGACAUACUUGGUUUCCUUAGCUUUACAGAGGGAGAUGAGUCCCGAUAAUCUGACAGUAUUGCAGCAGUUUACUGUUGGAAGGAAGGAAGAUAGUUCAACUGAACAUAUACGAGCGAGACACGAGGAGAGGCAGUAUCCGAUUCAUAUUGUAACCAUUAAGGAUCAACGCUUAGGCAGUCUCAUCAAGGAGUACUCGGCAAUGAGAAUCCAAAUUUGA